AUGCCAUUCGUCAUUCGGACACCUAUACCUCUUCCUGAACCUAAGCUUACCCAUGUCCCUAUUGAAGAAAUGGAGGAACUCAAGGCCACCAUGGAAAAGUUAGAAAAAGAGAAUGAAGAGCUGCAGAUAAAACUCCAACAAACCAUCAAUGAGAAAAACAAUAUGAAGGGGGAGCUCGAGAGAAAGGAGGCACAACUUCAAGCCCACGUGGAAAAGUUCAACAAGGAGGAGCAUAAGAGAAAGAAGAUCAAAGUGGGAUUAGAACAAGCUGACUAUUGUUUAGAUACUCUUAAGGGUCAACUACGACAAGCUCAGAAAGAAUGUCAAGACAAUGAGCGUUGGUGGCAUCUAGCCACAAAAGAGAACAAGACAAUAAGGGAUACACUUGGGGCUCAGAUAAAAGAACUCACCAAUUCUAUUCGUCAUGAAAAAGCUGAAGUAGAUCAGGAGCCCCGACUCAAGAAAAUAGCCACUGAAGCCUCUAGGGUGUCACCCAUGGUAUGGGAGGAGAAAUUUCGAGAAGUAAGAGAUGCCAGGGAGUCUGUAAGUUAUUGGAAGAACCAACUAGAGUCGUUACGCCAAGACAACUCCAUAUGGUUAAAAGAGCGAGACUAUGUGAUUGAAGAUUAUGAAUCCUUUAAGAAGACCAUAAACUUCUUACAAGGGGACAGGGAUAAGUUUCGUGCAAAACUCGAUGGGUUAGUAGGAUUCUGUAAUUGGGCAGCUAAAGAGUUGCCAUGGAGGUUGAGAGACGCAGUCGAAGAGUUGAAAGAAGAUAGCACUCCUCCAGCCAUAAUCAAUUUCGUUCUGCUCUGCAAAGGGUUGUUGAAGAGAUUCAAUGAGGAACUAGAAGAGCUUCAGGCCAGAAAGCCGGCUGUUUAA